AUGGCUGCUCAGCCGCGCAGCAACACCAGCUUGGAAGAGCUCGUCAGAUCAGUCGAGCACCACCACGAGCAGUAUCUGCGCAGCCUCCACAGCUUCCACGAAACCCUCAGCGCCCAUAAACGAGAGCGCUCCGACAUCCACGGCCUGGCAACGCCUCCUCUGCGAGCGCUCACCUUCACCAGCGAUGCCAACAGCAUCCUGUUGCCUCGUCCGCGCCGCGAUACUCCCGAUACAUGCAGCCAUGAGCGCCCAUCAUAUUAUCCGUCUCCUAGAAUUCCUCCACUUACGCCAAAUCUCAAUCAUCCAACCGGCAGUGGCUACGGCAGCAUCCCUGACGAGGAGAUCCCCUUCAUCCCUCUUCUAGAUGGUUCGUCUAUGCGUCACGUUCCAGCUGAAGGCACAUCUUCAUCACAUGUCCGCGGAAUCCUUGCCCCAAGGAGCUUCUCCGACGAAGACCUCAUCAAACACCUUCGUGACUCAGACUUUUGCAGCGACUUCUCCAGCCGGCUCAACGACAAGGACGAGCCUUUGCCGCUGUGGGAAAUUGAUUCUACGCAGACAUUUCGCGAGUCAGCUGCUGCUGAGGGAGAGCGUUUUGACAGCUCGACAUUUGAAGUAUACGAGGUUGGGCAGGAUGAUAGGCCGGUCAAGACGACACUGGAUGUUGAUGUCCAAGGCUUCGUCAGAUAUGUUGGCGAAGAGCCGCCAGAGUCACCCGAGUUCAUCGUCGAUGCGCCAAUUGUUUGGGAGUCUAUCAAGGAAGUCAACCAUAGCGGCCAGGCUGUUGGUCGUAUCACCAUCGUCCAGGAACCAACGCCUCUUAUGCUCGCCGCCCUGCAUCUCACCAUGUCGCCUCACUUCGACAUGACCGAGCUCCUUCACCACCUCCUCUCCGACGACCCCAACGGCGGCCGAACCCACGCCUUCAUGCAUCGAGCCUACGAGCGAUCUCCAUCCUCAUCAGCUUACGCAUCUUCAGCAUCUCCCAUGUUAUCCCCCCUAAACAUAUCCAACAACAUGAAAAGCGGCGGCACAUCUUCAUUCUCUUCUUCCUCCCAUCUCCGCCAACGAUCCUUCUUCUUCGUCUUCAAAUACUACACCCUCGUCCCUAAAGAUCUCGACCCCGCCCCCUGGCAGCUCUACGAAAGACGCCCCUCAGACAAACGCCUCGACGACCACAUCGACAUUGCCGAAUGCGGCUCCAUCCUCGCUCUCUCCUUAGAAGGCGAGCCAACCAAGACGCUCAAAAUGCGACCUCGCAGAGAGCGCGCCAGGGAAGGCUUUCUCUUCGACACGUUCGGGCCCUGGCACCUCCUCAGCAUCCAGAGCUUCCCCGACGACGAACACACCGUCAGGGGGGACGACUUCCAAGAGCUCAAAAGAUUCUGCAACGGCCCGUACGCCUUCCUAGAGCUCCUCAUAACAGAAUACCGCGACGCCGGCAAACGGAACCAGAUCCUCCACGAGCGCAUCACCAAGCUCAUCACGCCUCCCACAGAAUUCAUGUUCAACCACCACCUCCGCGACAAGCUCCUCUUCGAAGACAAGCACUUCACCUACAUCCGCCGCUACUUCUGGGCCUACAACACCCUCGCCGUCAUCAACACCGGCAUCAAGGCCAUGAUCGCCGCCUACGUCGACACCUUCACCGACGACUUCUGGGCCGGCACGCACCCGCUGCUGUGGCCGCACCCGUCGCCGCCACAGUCCCCCGACGCGAUGGACUAUGCCGCCAAGAUGGCCGUCUUGCGGAGAGAGCUAGACAAGGUCGUGAGUGACCUGAGUGAGGUGCUGAAGCGGAAUGAGCGCACGCGAAAGGAGAUUGAGAAUCUGAGGGAUCAGCUGUUUAGCGGGAGUUCGAUCAAGGAGAGCAGGAGGGCUAUUGAUCAGGGGGAUAAUAUCCGCAUCCUGACGGUGAUUAGCAUGCUCUUCUUGCCUCUUACGUUUGUGACUUCCGUCUUCGGCAUCACAGAGCUCCACAUCCCCGUAACAGACUGGCGCUUCCCCGUCACAAUGGUCCUCGUCGGCGUCCCCUUCAUCAUCCUCCUCUACCUCAUCCAAACUCGGCCCUUUGUCCAGUGCAUCCAAAAGAUUCACGAGUUAUCUCACUCGCUCCUCUAUCUACUCGUCCAUCUUUUCGGCCUCUUACCUCGUCUCUUUCGCAAACUGGACUCUUCUACUUCCAAGGAUACCCGGUCUGUGUCUGCGCUUUCGCCGUCCAAAGGCCGCAAGAGGAGGCUCACUAUGAGACGGCCAGCUGAAUGUGGCCCUGGAGGGAAUAGCGGUGCUGGCGGUAAUCACAAAUCAUCGUGGCGUCGGCCAUGGGCUUUGAUGAGAAGAACAGUUGGCGGGGAUGAGAAAGAUGUAGUAUAG